AUCAAUCUAGGAUGUCCUAUUCGCAAAGCUGGUACGACACCCCCGAUUCUGAAUUUUCAGCUAGAACCAAUAUGUAGUUGUGAUAUUGUUUCACCUGAAUAGCACUUAUGGGUGCUUGUCACCUAAAGAGCCCACUGGUACAGAAACGUAAUACCUUUGAUAUUUUUUAAUUUAAUGAAAUCACACCUAUGUAAUGGAAAGACCCUUAGGUGUUUGAUACGACUGCCCACAGAGGCUUUGAUUGCAAAGAGAUGCAAAACACUGUUAAGUAAGUGGCUUGGUACAUUGAACUCUUUGAAGAGUGACCUGAGUCAGUAACUAAUGUGACUUUUCCACGAUUGAAUAUAGAUAUACUGAAAUAACUAUUUGAUCUUUCUUUGGUAUUUUCUAUCGUCCCUUGAAGAUGCUGAAUAAAACCCUGACUUCAACAGUGCCAAAUAUGUCUGCAUAUGUGGAAAGAAAUGCUUUUAACUGGAGUCUGGUCGUCGUUGGCUCUGUAUCACUUGCGUUGAACUCGAUCUUCGCUAUAAUGUUCAUGAAGUUUCACAAAAAACUUUUGAGGCGCAACAAUAACAAGAUUUUGCUGUCAAUGACGCUGGCAGACAGCCUUGUUGGCAUAUUCUGCAUCCUUCUAGCAGCAACCCUGAUAACCAAUCAAAAGCAGGUUGUUUAUAAAAUGGUAGGAGUGAUUCCUCUAUUUGGGAGCAUGUUUACAUCUAUAUUCUCAAUUGGAAUAAUGACGCUUGAUCGAUUGAUUGCCAUUAAGAUGCCACUUCGUCACAAAAGCUUGCUCUCAGGCAAACGGAUAGUAAAACUACUGUGCCUAAGUUGGAUCUUGCCUGGGUUAGUGACAGUACAGGAGAUAGUUGUAUAUUUGCGUUAUUCAUGGAUGGUCGAGCUGAGAAUAAGAGGAUAUAUUUUAUUUGGUUUCUUUGCCGUGGGAGCAACAUUCUUGUUCACAUCAAACGUUUACCUCUACAUAACAAUUAGGGAGCAUGUUACGUAUUUAAAUGAGCUCAUUUUGGUAUCAGAAGGUCGUCAACGAUUUUUCUCGGACUUGUCUACAAAUAAUGGCACUGAUGGCAUUUUUGAAUGCAUGAAGUCGUUGAAAAGUUGCAGAAAAAGCAUCAAAUUUGCUAAAUCUUUGCUCAAAGAAAUCAAUGCUGCAAAGCUCUGCAUCAAAAUUGCAGUUUUGUUCGUUGCACUCUGGGUACCUUUGGUUUCUUACAGGAUGAGUUAUACAGUUGGUUACAGAAUUGGAAUACCGUGGCUUAGAAGAUUUUGCUUGCUUAUGGCUGUCAUCAACAGUGCUAUGAAUCCCGUUCUCUACUUGAUGACACGAAGUGGCUUUCAAAAAUUUCUCUUACAACUGUUCAUGCUGUCACAUACAUAUUCUUUGAAAACAAAAGUUCUCAGCGGGAAGAACUCUGAAACUAUGGGUAAAAUGUUGUAAAAACAUAAAGUGAAUUCGACAGUUCCUUGCUUUACUCACCAUUGUGUCAAUUAAUAAACAAGUUGGCAACAGCAAUUAUAGAGGGUAGAUCUAAAUUACCUUGGUAAAAGGGGCUGUCGAGCUUGGCCAUCUUACGAUUACCCUCUAUAGCUUAAAUAAACCUUUUCGACAUGAAGGUUGAUAGGUAAUUUCCUCAAUGAGGAUGGUUUUUGAUAAAUACCGAAAAAAAUAUACGUUUUAUCUUGACAAUCGGCUGGGUAGAUCUAAGAAAACCUUGUACGUUGGUAACUGAUUAGUAUGCAGAAUAAAAUUCAACAUUGACAAAAAACUGUUGGAUUGUCUUCAAGAUUAUAUUGCUAAGGAUUUUGUAGCUUUCUUUUAGUGAAAUCAAAGAAUUGCUUUAGGGCUAGAGCAGUACCAUUAUUUAUAUGAAAGAACCAGAAAUAAAAAACUCUUUAAGAGUGAAAAUAGAGUUAAAAACAAGAUGAUCCUCACGACUCAAUUUCAGAACAAGUACCUUUUAACAAUGAUAUGAACAGCAUAAUUCUCCCCUAAGACAUUUGUAACCUAUGUUUGCGUGCAAAGUACCUUAAGUAUGUUGUUCUGAUACCCUUUACCCUACUCCAUACCGUGAGUAACGGAGCCUCAAGAAAUCUAUGAGCCUCUUUUUCACCAUUGCCUCACUUACCGACGCUUUUUCAAAUUGGGCGUCAUCAGUUCAAUUCAGAAGAAUAAUUUGCAAAGCUAUUCAUAGAUUUCGUUUUCAGGAAUGACCGCAACGGGGCUAAAGAUUAUCCUACCAUGGUAUGGUCAUAGACAUUUUUCAAUAUUCGAAACAAACGCGAGUAGUCAACAAAUUCAAUGGCAAGUCUUUCAACGAUCUCCCAAGAAGAAUAGCCGGUGAGCGUAGACGGGGAAUUUAAAAGGAGGGCUGAACUGAAACACCAUUUUACGAUUUAAGGAUAUUUUUUAAAGGCAUUUGACACAGGUAAAACUGGCUUACAGGCACUCGACCACGAGCGGUUGACCAAUCAAAUUGCACACCGAGAAAAACACGUGAACAAUUUCCGUCUUUCUGCAAAUCGGUGAAAUCCUAGAGCAGCGCGCAGUGGUUUCACGUGAGCGCUUUUCAAUACCUUUCUUGUGCGCGUGCUCUGAUCAAUUUGGCCUAAGUAAUUUUUGGAUUCGCUGUACUUAUGCAUGUCAAAUGCCUUUAAGUUUCAUCUCAUCUCACUCAUA